AUGGGCAAAAUUGACCAUCUAGCCAAAAACACUGUUAACGAAUUUGUAAGGAAUGGAAAUCAUAAUGUGUCUAAUGUUUAUAAUAAAAAAUUAAUAUAUAUUAGUAAACCUACACAUGGAAGUUUUAUUUAUUGGAAUAUAAGAAAUUUUAUAUCAUUAUUUAAAAAGAAAACAAAACGUUGUGCUAGAUAUUUAGAUUUAAAUCAUGACUUUUCACGAGCUGCUUUAGUUGGGGUGCCCAAAACAAAUUUCGAUCCAAAAAAUAAUAUUUUCUAUAUACAAAUGGACAAUGAAGAGUGGGCAGGUAUAGGAAGUAAAAUGAUGUUAAAUAUUUCGAUGAACAUUUUGUUUUAUUUACAUAUAUCCUUUUGGAUGUAUUUCAUAUAUUAUAGAAUGUUAGUAAAUAAUAAAUUCAGUGUAUUUAGUAAAUGGCAAAACAAGGAAUAA